CCCAGUUGGACCCCGACUUGAACCAAAAGUUUGUUGAUACCUUCGGUCAGAAGAAACAUGCAUUUGCAGAAGCUCGUGUCUUUCAUCCGGGCACAGGAAAGUUCACUGUUAACGAAAAACGCCUUCUGGAAUUCUUUCCGGAGUUGGGAAACCGCGAGCAACUGAUGUUCCCUCUCCAGCUGACUGGUAUGCUGGGCGCCGUGGAUGUUACUGCCAAGAUUGCCGACACCGAGACCGGCUCUAGUUCCAAGGCCAAUGCCCUCCGAUUGGCCAUUGCAAGGGCAUUGGCCUGCUUCCUGCCAGGAGAUCUCGGAGCCAACCGCCUCCGUGCCGCCGGCCUUCUCACCCAAGACGACCGUUUCAGUGAACGAAAGAAACCCGGACAGAAGAAAGCGCGUAAAAAGCCAAUUUGGUGA